UUUACAUCAACUCCUUACGCUUUACCAAGAAUGAUUUUAAAACUUCUUUAGAGAAAAUGAUAUAUUCUCUCAUCUGACUUUUAAAAUAGAAAAUUUUAAUUAUUUUUAUCAUAAUGAUUGAUAUAAAUGAUUUAUUCAUUUAAUCUUUUAAAUUCUUCAUUGCAUUUAUUUCAUUCUUAUGGGUGACUUCAUUAAAUUGUUACUGGCCCAGUUAGUCAAAACUGACGAUAACUUGGAAGAAAUUCAGAAAUUGCUGAAUGGAGGAGCAGAUCCAAACUUUCGAAUCUAUUUUGGUCGUACGCCAAUUCAUGAAGCUGCUGGAAGUAACCAAGAAAAUACCGAAGUCGUUGAAGAAUUAAUCAGAUAUGGCGCUGAUGUGAAUUUUUAUGACGAUUUCGGGUACACAGCCCUCCACUAUGCAGUGAUACAACAGAAAUUUUAUGUGGUAGAAGCCCUCCUUCAGGCAGGGGCCUUUAUCAAUGCCAAGACUUUCCAAGGAGAAACACCUUUGCAUCUUGCCGUCAGUGCAAUCAAAUAUGCGCCUGAGUUCCAAAAACCUGAUACGAGCGUUAUAGAAUCUCUGCUUGACCAUGAAGGUGUGGAUUGCAAUACAAAGGAUUGUAACGGCAAUACUCCAUUAAUGUUGGCAGUGAAGGGGAAACGCUCAUUAGCUGUAGAAUUAUUACUAAAUAAAAAAGCAAGCCCGAAUAUACCUGACCGCCUUUUCGAAACUCCUUUGCACGUGGCCUUUGCUGAGAAGUCAGAACCUAUCGCUUUUGAACUUUUGAGAAUGGGGGCUAAUAUUUAUGCAGUGAAUAGAGACAAUCAGACGCCAAUGGAUAUAUUCUUCGACAAUAUGACACCUAAUGAGCCGUUUAGUACUGCGCAGACAUUUCUGAAAUUUAUUUCUUUCAGGUAUCAAGUUACUGAGGCCAUAAAACAAAAACUACAAAGAUUUCCCGAGUUAUUGCAGCUUGUGGAGAAGUGGUGUGAGGAAGUGAAUCAUAUGAGAAGCGAUAUUCUAAUUUAUAACAUACCGUUUCAUGGUUUUAUCUUGAAUUGUUAUGGAGACCCAGAAAAUCCCCAAUAUCCUGAAUACCUUAUAUUGGAAAUGUACAAGUGCAUAAUUGAGAGAUUUGUGAUGGGUUUGUAUCCUGAAUAUUUCAUGGAUAUAUUCGUGUGCAUUCCUGCUUCCAGUUUGCGUGAAGUAUUGCAAAUAAUUGUCAAUUGGAGAAAAAAAUCCAAAUGGUGUAAUGACCCGGUGCUGUUCUCGAAUAUAGAUGUCACAUAUUUGUUGUCUACGUAUUUAUCACGUUUGGAAAUGUUUUGCCUAAUUGUUUCACUUUCGAAUGUACGAAUUUCCGAGUCGAUGCAGAAUAUGUGUCUACCUAAAUUCAGUUAAUUUUUUGAGGACACAACAAUGUACUGC